GGGUGCACUGAGCCAGUGAGUGUUGACGGCGGUGCGACGGCAGCUACAGAAAGCGCAGCUGCUUUGCUCUUGUCCACGCCCCCUUCCCGCUCUGGUGACAGUCUCUGCGGAAAGUCGCGCUUGUGAUUUCUGGAGAGCUCCGAGGAGGACCACGGCGGUCCUGCCGAGUCCAGGCCAGGUGACAAAGAAACGGUUUCCUGGUGCACCCACCCCCUAUCCCUAGGCAGCCCGCCACCCCCAGGGACUGAAGAUGCUGAGGUCUAUGUGGAAUUUUCUCAAACGUCACAAAAAGAAGUGUAUCUUCCUGGGCACGGUUCUCGGAGGAGUAUAUAUCCUGGGGAAGUAUGGACAGAAGAAAAUCAGAGAAAUACAAGAAAAGGAGGCUGCAGAAUAUAUUGCCCAAGCACGGCGACAGUAUCAUUUUGAAAGUAACCAGAGGACUUGCAAUAUGACAGUGCUGUCCAUGCUGCCGACCCUGAGGGAGGCCUUAAUGCAGCAGCUCAAUUCCGAGAGCCUCACAGCCCUGCUGAAGCACAGGCCUUCAAACAAGCUAGAAAUAUGGGAGGAUCUGAAGAUAAUAAGUUUCACGAGAAGUAUUGUGGCUGUAUAUAGUACUUGUAUGCUGGUUGUCCUUUUGCGAGUCCAGUUAAACAUUAUUGGUGGAUAUAUCUACCUGGAUAAUGCAGCAGUUGGCAAAAAUGGCACCACAGUCCUAGCUCCCCCAGAUGUCCAGCAGCAGUAUUUAUCAAGUAUUCAGCACCUCCUUGGAGACGGCCUGACAGAAUUGAUCAGUGUCAUUAAACAAGCUGUGCAGAAGAUUUUAGGAAAUGUUUCCCUCAAACAUUCUUUGUCCCUUUUGGACUUGGAGCAAAAGCUAAAAGAAAUCAGAAAUCUCAUUGAGCAGCAUAAAUCUUCUUCCUGGAUUGAUAAAGAUGGAUCCAAAUCUUUCCUGUGCCAUUAUAUGAUGCCAGAUGAAGAAACUCCAUUAGCAGCUCAGGCCUGCGGGCUUUCUCCUAGAGAUGUUACCACUAUUAAGCUGCUCAAUGAAACCAGGGACAUGUUGGAAAGUCCAGAUUUUAGCACAGUUUUGAACACCUGUUUAAACCGAGGGUUUAGCAGGCUGCUAGACAACAUGGCCGAGUUCUUUCGGCCUACGGAGCAGGACCUGCAGCGCGGCAACUCCAUGAAUAGUCUUUCCAGUGUCAGCCUGCCUUUAGCUAAGAUAAUUCCAAUAGUAAAUGGACAGAUCCAUUCGGUUUGCAGUGAAACACCUAGUCAUUUUGUUCAGGAUCUGUUGAUGAUGGAGCAAGUGAAAGAUUUUGCGGCUAAUGUCUACGAAGCUUUUAGUGCUCCUCAACAACUGGAGAAAUGAUUUUUUUUUUUCAAAAUACCUAAAAUGGAUUAAUUUACUUUUAAAAAUACACUGAACAAGUCAAAUAUAUAUGUAUAUAAUAAUGAUUUAUUACCAAAAUGCCUAAUUAAAAAUAUUAUUAAAGUUUUCAUUUCAUAAUAAAACAGAUUUGUCAUCUUAAUAUAUUUUUUAAAGUCAUCAACGCACUGGUUUUGAUGGGCAUAUCUCAAUGUACAUAGCACAUAUUUUGGAAUUUGUUGCCCCAUGGAUUUUAAUUCCAAACUGACUGAAAACUAAUGUAGAUACUUUUUUAAUAGAAUAUGAAGUUCAGUAUACUUUGACAUUAAUACUGAGGUAAAAGCUGUUUGGGAAAUAGAUGCAAGGUUUGGAAAAUGUGCUAUUUAACCAAUUGUAAAGUUCACUGAAUGCAGUAUGCAAUAGUAAGUCAGACUUUUCCCCAGCUACUCUUAAAAGGAAUAAAUUGUUUGUCUUAAAUAUGCCUGAUGAAGAGACAUUUUACGGAAAUAAGCGAAUUUAACAACCAUGAUGAGCAUUUUUUUUCUUUAUUAUUGUUAAUCUUUGGAAAAUUGUAUCAUGAUUUAGAGGCUAAAUUAUGUGGAUGCCAUUUACUCAGCUAUUAUUAAUUUCAUAGUUUCAUUCAUCUGCAUGUAAAUAAUUUUAAUAACCUACUUUGUAUUGAUUUUGGG